CUCUCUCUCACUCUCUUCCUUCUCCAAUUUCAUUUGAAAAACCCCUGGCAAAUGCACCCCAAGCUGACAACCUCCUCCAAUCCAUAUUCUCUCCGUCUUUGAAAACAAAAAAAAUACCAAAAAAUAUAAAAAAUAUAUAAAAAAAAAACCUAAUUUUGAUCAAACCCUGAAAAAAGCCCUAUUCAAUUUAAAUGCCAUACCUUUCUGCCCACAUUUCUUCUGGGGUUCCUCUUCUUCUUCGCCGAGCUCCUACUUCUUCCCCCAUUUUCUGAUUCGCCGAUACUACCCAAUAGUCAGUUUCCUCAGUUCCUCUAGGCUUACCAAAAUCCCAUCUUUCAGUUUUACCAAUCCCCCAAUCCUCCUCUGGUUUUUCUAGGGUUUCAUAUCUGUUCAUCAGAUUGGGGAUUUGAUUUUGUAUUUUAAUUUUAUAUUAAUCUUUUGCUUAGCUUUUUGGGUUUUUAUUUUUAAAUACUGGGUUUCUGAAUACCAUAUUGGUUAGUGCUUCUGCAGCAAAUGAAAAAUUGAACCUUUGAAAAGGAAAACCGAAAAUUCCUAUCUGGGUUAUUUCCUUUGUUUUUUUGGGAAAGGGUUUACCUUUGAGCAAAGAAUUUCAUUUUUCUGUGUUUUUGUAAUUUAGUGUUUGCCAUUGAUUUUUGGGAUUGAGGAAAAACAGUUAGCUUUUUUCUGGUGGUUUUGGGAUUCUUGGGUAGAAGGAAGACUUAUUGUUUGUUGUGGAAGUGAAGGGAAAGCUUAGGCGUGUAUGGGCAAACAUGAGGAGUGGGCAGAGCCACCAAGUGGGCUGUUGCCGAAUGGCCUAUUGCCCAAUGAAGCUGCAUCGGUGAUGAGAGUGCUCGACUCAGAGCGAUGGUUGAAGGCGGAGGAGCGAACUGCAGAGCUUAUUGCCUGCAUUCAGCCCAACUCACCAUCCGAAGAGCGCCGAAAUGCCGUUGCCGAUUAUGUGCAGCGGCUCAUCAUGAAGUGCUUCCCCUGCCAGGUGUUCACUUUUGGGUCUGUACCCCUGAAAACGUAUUUGCCUGAUGGAGAUAUUGACCUGACAGCCUUCAGUAAGAGUCCAAAUAUGAAGGACACAUGGGCCCAUCAAGUUCGUGAUAUGCUCGAGAAUGAGGAGAAGAACGAGAAUGCUGAAUUCCGUGUGAAAGAGGUUCAGUACAUUCAGGCAGAAGUGAAGAUAAUCAAGUGCCUUGUGGAAAACAUUGUUGUAGACAUAUCAUUCAAUCAGCUCGGUGGCCUGUGCACCCUCUGUUUCCUUGAGGAGGUUGAUCAUUUGAUAAAUCAAAAUCAUUUGUUCAAGCGCAGUAUCAUACUGAUAAAGGCCUGGUGUUAUUAUGAGAGCCGAAUACUGGGCGCUCAUCAUGGGCUUAUCUCAACUUAUGCGUUGGAAACUUUGGUUUUAUACAUAUUUCAUGUUUUCAACAACUCGUUUUCUGGACCACUUGAGGUUUUGUAUCGUUUUCUGGUGUUUUUCAGUAAAUUUGACUGGGAUAAUUUUUGUGUUAGCCUAUGGGGUCCUGUCCCCAUUAGUUCACUUCCAGAUGUAUCUGCGGAACCUCCUCGAAAAGAUGGUGGAGAGUUACUACUGAGCAAAUUGUUUCUUGAUGCCUGUAGCUCAGUGUAUGCUGUUUUUCCUGGUGGUCAAAAAACUCAGGGCCAACCUUUUGUUUCCAAACAUUUUAAUGUUAUUGAUCCUUUGAGAAUCAACAACAACCUGGGACGCAGUGUUAGUAAAGGUAAUUUUUUUAGGAUACGCAGUGCAUUUACAUUUGGGGCUAAAAGGCUGGCCAGGUUGCUUGAUUGUGCCAAAGAGGAUCUAUUUUUCGAAGUAAAUCAGUUUUUUCUUAACACUUGGGAUAGACAUGGGAGUGGUCAUCGACCUGAUGCACCACGAAAUGAUUUGAGGCGCUUGAGACUUUCAAAUCUGGACCAUUUACAUGGAUCUGAGAAUCUCAGGAAUAUUUCAAGCAACCAUAAAAAGGAAAGUUCCUCUGGUCGAGAUACUCAAAGUGGGGGGAUGCAUGGCUCCAUUAAUGUUCCCUCCCAGCAUGCUAGUUAUUCUUUAGAAAGCACCUCUGGUACCAGUAGUGUAUCUACAGUAACUCAUUCUCAAACUCAAAGGAUUCAUGGGAACACAAACCUCACUAGGGCCUCUGAUAUGACUAGAAAGGAAACGAAUUCCGACCUGGGUGCACACAUUGAUAAAGGUCAGAGAAGUGCUAAACCUGAUAACUUGGUGAAUGACUUACAAGGGAGGUUUCUUUUUGCAAGGACACACUCUAGUCCUGAGCUUACUGAUACAUAUGGUGAAGUUUCCACUCAAAGUAGGCGCUACAGAGCCCCAGAGAGUGGGAAAGGCCAAACUUCAACAAGGUUGGAUAAUAGUACGAGGAAAAACCUGGAUUCUGAUAGUGUGGCAAGCCACAGAAAUAGAUCUUCAACUGAUGAUCCUUCAUCUGCUAGAUCCAUCUCAUCCCGCCAAAGCCCUGAUGCUGCUGUUGAUUCAAAUAACUACCAUGAUGAGUCAGGCAUGAGUGCCGUUGCUGACGAUUAUGCUUCUAUUUCGGCGGCACAAGGGAUGCACCAGGAGGAGCAAGAUCUUGUUAACAUGAUGGCAUCUUCUGCAGCUCAUGGUUUUAAUGGGCAGGUUCAUCUUCCACUCAAUUUGGGUCCCGGUCACCUACCGCUUCCAAUCCCACCUUCCAUUCUUGCUUCUAUGGGAUAUGCCCAGAGAAAUAUGGGUGGAAUGGUUCCUACAAAUUUCCCCUUGAUGGAGACUCCUUGGGGAACAAAUAUGCAAUUUCCGCAAGGUGUUGUGCCACCGUCGCUAGCCCCUUAUUUCCCUGGCAUGGGGUUGACCUCAAAUCCUGAAGAUUCAGUGGAACCUGGUAAUGAAAAUUUUGGAUCUGUGGAAAUGAACUCAGGCGAAACGGAGCUUGAUUUCUGGCAUCAGCAAGAGAGGGGAUCUACUGGUGGGUUUGAUCUGGAUAAUGGAAGUUAUGAAAUGCUUCAGGAAGAUGACAAGCAACAGUCAACCUCAGCUGGUUAUAACUUUCAUCCAUCAUCUCGUGUAGGCACCUCAGGAAAUUCUAUGCAAGCUCAACCAAAGUCUACCAAAGAAAACCAAGAGUCGAUGAGGGGGGAAGAGCGUGUGGAUAAUUUUCAAUACCAAGAUAACAGAGGUAAUGAGGUUUACUUUGAUGAUCGAACUGUGAGUUCUAGAUCUGCCACAUAUGCAAGUUCAGUGAGAAGUAAGACCUCCUCUGAGAGUUCUUGGGAAGGAUCAUCAGCAAGGGUCUCAAAGUCAACAAGGGAAAAACGUGGUAGGCGAAAUGCUCAUUCAGCAGCGCCAUCUGCUGCAUAUGGGAAAGGUAAGAGUGUGUCCGAACAUUCAUCUACCCAGGCAGAUGAUGACAACAGAGAUUGGAAUUCACCUACAGCUUUAGGUGCCGAAACGGUAGAACAGAGCACAGGACCUCAACCUGUUGCUCCCUUGCAUUUUCCAAGGCAUCAAAUGACCGGUUUUGAACAAACUCAGACAAGUGGAUCAGAUUCGAUGAUUCCUUUUGCUCCAGUGUUCUUAGGUCACGGCUCAAGACAGAGAGCUACAAAUGAUUCUGGAAUGCUUACAUUUUAUCCUACGGGCCCUCCAGUUCCAUUUGUUACAAUGCUUCCUUAUAAUUAUUUCUCGUCAGAAACAGGAACUUCAGAUGUAUCAACAAGCCAAUUUAGCAGAGAAGAGGGAGCAGAUAAUAGUGAUUCUGGUCAGAAUUUUGAUUCGUCUGAGGGAGCUGAUCAACCUGAGGUGUUAAGUACUUCUAGCUCUAUGGGAAGGGUAGCUCCUAUUGAGCCGUCAGAGCAUAAAUCUGACAUUCUUCACAGUGACUUCUCUAGCCAUUGGCAGAAUCUGCAAUAUGGACGGUUUUGCCAAACUUCACGGCACCCUUCACCUGUCGUUUAUCCUUCACCAGUUAUGGUGCCCCCUGCUUACUUACAAGGAAGAUUUCCGUGGGAUGGUCCCGGGAGACCUCUUUCAGCCAACGUCAAUCUCUUCACUCAGCUUAUGGGUUAUGGACCUCGACUGGUCCCUGUUGCUCCUCUCCAGUCUGUUCCUAACAGGCCUGCUGGUGGUUAUCAACGUUAUGCAGAUGAGAUUCCAAGAUAUCGUGCUGGGACUGGGACCUACCUGCCAAAUCCUAAGGUUUCUGUACGGGACCGGCCUUCAAAUACGAGAAGGGGGAAUUACAAUUAUGAUAGAAAUGACCACCACGGUGAUAGAGAAGGGAACUGGAAUACCAAUUCAAAGUCACGAGCUUCUGGGCGCAACCACAGUCGCGGUCAAGCUGAGAAGCAAAAUUCAAGAGUAGACCGUUUGGCAGCUAGUGAGAGCAGAGCUGAAAGGUCAUGGAGUUCAAAUAGGCAGGACUCAUUACCGUCAUAUCAAUCUCAAAAUGGUCCUAUCCGUGCAAACACUGCACAGAGUGGUUCGACCAAUCUUGCAUAUGGCAUGUAUCCGGUACCAGCCAUGAACCCUGGUGGGGUAUCAUCAAAUGGCCCUUCCAUGCCACCUGUUGUCAUGCUGUAUCCUUAUGAUCAUAAUGCUGGCUACGGGCCACCUACAGAUCAACUUGAGUUUGGUUCUCUUGGACCAGUGGGAUUCUCGGGUUUGAAUGAAGCACAGCUAAAUGAAGGGAGCCGGAUGAAUGGGGUAUUUGAUGAACAAAGGUUUCAUGGUGGCUCUACUCAACGAUCUUCACCUGAUCAGCCUUCUUCACCCCACCUCCAAAGGGGAGUUUGAUCAUUUUGCCAGAUCAGUGGCCCAGGGGAACUAUCAGAUGAUACAUGAGGAGUUUCCGCCUCAAACAGCGAGGGGAUGAUGGUGGAAGAAACUACAAUGACUGUCCCUCCCAGCACCGAGCGUUGCUGCUCUUGCCCCAUUCUCAAGAGGGGAAGAAAUUAGACUUUUUCAUUCCAUGAUUUCUUGGUAUCUUCCUGAUCACAUCAUGCCUGCUUGGAGUUCUUAUGUACAUUAGAAAGUAAUUUACUUACUCCAUUUUCGUCAAGAACAAGAUCGGUGGUAAAAUGAUGGUGAUGUGAUGGUGAGGGGGAAGGCGGGACUCGGCGACUUUAUUGCCCGUUUUAGGGUUAGGCACUUUGUAACUCGACUGAAGUAGAAAACUUGGGUUUAGGUUCAGAGUUUAGGAUUUUACUGUUAGAACACUGUUCGACCAGGAAUCGCUUGCACACAAUGUAUUAGGUUUUUUUCGAUCAGAAUAUGUGUACCAUCUCUUUUAUGUAUUCUUUGUCCAAGAUUUUCAACAGUGUAGCAAUUAACACCACCAUAGAUGAAAUUGGAACAUUUUCGGUUUUACUGACAA